ACUACUCUCGUUUCUUUUCCACGCUGUCCACCGCGGAACCACGGAUCGUGUUUCCCUCUCGCCGCCGGCCCCGGCUCUUGUGAGCGGGCAGAUUGUCGGAGUGGCGGUGCCGCCGGCUGGACUCCUCACGGGCAGCGUGGAUAAAGGUGCAUCUGUGAAGAAAGAGGGACUCGAUGCAGCAAACAUCAGAGAGGAACAGUCAGAUGGAGAAACAGAGCUAGCGGUCAGAUUAGCCUCCUCCCCUGCAGCAGAGACGAUGCUCAACGGCGUCGAAUGUGACGACAUGAGGCACAAGAGCCCGUCGCACCACGGCUCCACGACGGGCAGCAACAAGACUUUACUGCUGCUCAACGAGAACGGCGUUCCAGACACGGAGCCACCGCACGGUUCUGUUACUGGAAGCAAUGGAUUCAUUCUCACCCAGCAGCAGCAGCAGCAGGACGGCAGCAGCAAUGUAGCCAUGCCAGGUUUAGGAGUUUCCCCUCACAGAACUAACUGCUUACCUUCGGGUCCAGCAGCGGGGGGACACGCGGUCAAACCGGCCUCGGCGUCAGGGACUACACAGACUUCAGGUGCAUUAAGGACUGACCCCAGUUCGGGGACUACGUUGGGACAGGGUUUAACGGACACUAAAAAUGGCACAGCUCCAUCUCCUGCUCCCGUUACCGUUCACAGAGCACGCAAGACCAUGUCCAGGCCUGCUGUUAGCCCGGAACAGAAGCUUCUUAACAGGGAACUAAGAGAAGCACAAAGUGCCAAAGCUGAGAAAAUGGAGACUCAAGUUGCUCCUGUGGUGCAGAAAUCCUCGCCGCAGUCGUCCUCUCAGAACCAUCUACCUCAGAAUCCCCCAGACACGCCAGCUUCAGCACACACCACGUCAUCUGCUUCACCAGCUCCUCCUCCUCCUCCUCCUCCUCCUUCUUCUUCGCCGCCUCCUCCCCCUCUGGCGUCAUCUCCUCCUCCAUCUACAGCUCCAGCUCUGGCUUCAUCUCCUCCUCCAUCUGCAGCUCUGGCUUCACCUCCUCCAGAUCCACCUUCAGCUCCAGCUCCAGCUCCAGCUCCAGCUUCAGCUCCAGCUCCAGCUCCAGCUCCAGCUCCAGCCUCAGCUCCAGCUCCAGCUCCAGCUCCAGCUUCAGCUCCAGCUCCAGCUCCAGCUCCAGUUCAGGCCAAGCUCAUUCUAGGCCCGUUCUCAGGAGGACUGUCGUCGCGUAAGAAGAAGAGGAGGAUGGGGACGUACAGCCUCGUCCCCAAGAAGAAAACCAAAGUGCUCAAGCAGAGAACGAUGCUGGAGAUGUUCAAGACCAUGCAGCAGUCUCCAAAGAGCCCACAGACUAAGAAGGAGGUAGCAAACGUAAACGGGGAGAAGGUGGAACACGCAUCCGAGGAGGAGGAGUCAGAGGAGGCGGAGUCAGACGAGGAGGAAGGUCAUCAGGCGAUGGAAGACGCCGUCGCUGCUGCCGUUCAGGAAACAACAUCUGUGUCUGCUCCCGUCUCUCAGGUGGGAGACGAGCUGGAGACUGAAGAGUCGGGAGGAGAAGGAGAAGAAGAAGAAGGAGAGGAGGAGGGCACGGAGUCCGACAUGAGCACAGAGUCGAGUCUGAAGAAGAAGUUGAAAAAGAAAAUGAAAGGAGACAGUGCGUGGCUGCGGCCGUCCAGGAAACGGAAGAGGAGGAUAAAGGCCAAAGAACUGGAGCUGGCGGUUCAGCCUCAGGCUUCAGCUCAGGCUCUGGCAGUUGACGGCAGUGAGUUCACACACAUUCUCCCUCCUGAGUCCGUCGACCUCAACAAGCCCCAAGAAUUGGCCGUUUCCUGGCAAAGCAAAGAAACUGCAGAGUCGGGGGCGGCGGCGGUGGUGGUGGAGGAGGUGGAGGAGGCUCAGGAGCUUCCUCUGUGCAGCUGCCGCAUGGAGACGCCCAAGAGUCGAGAGAUCCUCAUCCUAGCAGACAGGAAGUGCAUGGCCACGGAGAGCGUGGACGGGCAGCUGAGCCGCUGCCAGAGUGCCGUCAUGAAGCACGAGAUGAUGCGUCCGUCCAACUCGGUGCAGCUGCUGGUUCUGUGCGAGGACCACCGGAACGGCAUGGUGAAGCACCAGUGCUGUCCCGGCUGUGGCUUCUUCUGCAGGGCUGGAACCUUCAUGGAGUGCCAACCGGACGUCAGCAUCUCUCACCGCUUCCAUCGCGCCUGUGCCUCGGUGCUGAAAGGUCAGAGCUUCUGUCCACACUGUGGAGAAGAGGCCAGCAAGGCCAAGGAGGUCACCAUCGCCAAGGCGGACACCACGUCCACUGUGCCCGCCCUGCCCGUCCACGGACCUGCCACACCUGGAGCGCCCGAGGGAAGAGCAGACACGACCACCGGCAGCUCCUCUCGUUUGUCUGUCGGGGCCGAGGUCAGCGGUCGCGCCGACAGCUCGCUGUGCGCUCGCUCCGACAGUUCUGUCGUCCCCGGCUCGUCCAGGACUCUGUCACUGCAGGCCAGUGUGGUGCCUGCAGCGCCACCUGCAGUCCAGCCAGGAACACCCAGGGAAACUCUGGAGAGCAUCCUUGUUGCUCUGGACUCGGAGAAGCCCAAAAAGCUGCGUUUUCAUCCCAAACAGCUUUACCUGUCGGCCAAACAGGGAGAACUCAAGAGGGUCCUGAUGAUGUUGGUGGACGGCAUCGACCCAAACUUCAAGAUGGAGUCCCAGAACAAGCGCACGCCUCUUCACGCCGCGGCCGAGGCAGGAUACAAAGACAUCUGUCACAUGCUCGUUCAAGCCGGCGCUAACCUGGACAUGUGCGACGACGACCAGCGGACGCCGCUGAUGGAGGCGUGCGAGAACAACCACAUGGAGAGCGUCCUGUAUCUGCUGAGAGCCGGAGCCAGCGCCACACACAAGGAUGCUGAAGGAUUCACGUGUCUCCACCUAGCGGCAAAGUCGGGUCAUUACAACAUAGUGGAGCACCUGCUGAACACAGGACUCAUCAACAUCAACUGUCAGGACGACGGAGGGUGGACGGCGAUGAUCUGGGCGACAGAGUACAAACAUGCAGACCAGGUGAAGCUGCUUCUGUCCAAAGGAGCCGACAUCAGCAUCAGGGACAAGGAGGAGAACAUCUGCCUCCACUGGGCGGCGUUCUCCGGCAGCGUGGAGAUCGCGCAGCUGCUGCUGAACGCUCGCUGCCGACUGCACGUCGUCAACAUCCACGGAGACUCUCCUCUGCACAUCGCUGCCCGAGAGAACCGCCUGGAGUGUGUCACGCUUUUCCUGUCUCGCGGAGCAGAUGUGUUCCUGAAGAACCGUGAAGGAGAGACUCCUCUGGACUGCUGCGGCCACAGCUCCAAAGCCUGGGCGGCUCUGCAGGCCAACAGGAAGGAGCAAGACGCCAAGAACGCCAGGCCCAGUCGAGCCGAGGAGAAAGUCCUGCACAGCGACGUCGCUCUGGGCCAGGAGAAGGUUCCCAUUCCAUGUGUCAACUCGGUCGACAGUGAACCUCACCCAGACAACUACAAAUACAUCGGCGAGAACUGCGUCACCUCCCCCAUGAACAUCGACAGGAACAUCACACACUUACAGUACUGUGUCUGUAAGGAAGAUUGUUCAGCAAGUAUCUGCAUGUGUGGACAACUCAGUCUGCGCUGCUGGUACGACAAGAACGGUCGUCUCCUCCCUGAGUUCUGCCGUGAGGAGCCUCCGCUCAUCUUCGAGUGCAACCACGCGUGCUCCUGCUGGAGAACCUGCAAGAACCGCGUGGUGCAGAACGGACUCAGGACCAGGCUUCAGCUCUUCAGGACCAGUAAGAAGGGCUGGGGCGUGCGGGCCCUGCAGGACAUACCACAGGGAAGCUUCGUCUGCGAGUACGUCGGUGAGAUCAUCUCUGAAGCAGAAGCAGAGAUGAGGGAAAACGACGCCUACCUGUUCAGCCUGGACGACAAGCCACAGGACCUGUACUGCAUAGACGCCCGUUUCUACGGCAACGUCAGCCGCUUCCUCAACCACAUGUGCGAGCCCAACCUGUUCGCGUGCCGCGUGUUCACGACGCACCAGGACCUGCGAUUCCCACACAUCGCCUUCUUCGCCAGUGAAAACAUCAAAGCUGGAGAGGAGCUCGGAUUUCACUACGGCGACCACUUCUGGGAAGUCAAAAGCAAACUCUUCAACUGUGAAUGCGGCUCGUCCAAGUGCAAGUACUCGUCGGCGGCCAUGGCGUCACUGCAGGCCGACAGCACGCCGGAGGAGCAGCAGCAGCCCACGGCGUCACCCGACACCAGCUCUUCCAACAGCCCGCCCAGGCCUUCGUAAACACACCCCCCUCACACUACCGUUCAACCACACGCACAGGACCCACGGACACACCAGGGGGCGCCGCUGGCGUCCGAACACACGAUGAACUUUUUUUGCUGUUGACUUUGAACUGAAGUGAUGCUCGGACCCUGAACGCACACUGCUGUCACUGCUCCGUUAUUCCACCUGCUGCCACCUACAAACCCAACAGCAGGGGGCAGUGUCGCACAUUGCCGGACAUCGACAUGAUUGCGAACAGUCUUUUACAUUUCGUUAACGUCGUUUUAGUGAGCGAGCGAGGGAGGGAGAAAUGAUGCACGUUUUUCUCAUCACUUUGUCGUACAGAUGCGACAAAAAAGGAAUUUGGCUGCGUCGAAAACUCGUUAAUCACCAAACCAUUCCAGCAAACGUUAGCGGAUAAAUGCGGGAAUUAUUUUUCUUCCUUUUCUUUUUUUUGUGUCACUUUCUUGCCGUGUUUUUGCGACCGAACGUCCGACGUUUGCUUCAAUAAAAAAAAAUAUCAGCGAUUUGACUCGAAAUGAUGUGGAAAAAGUGAUUUUUUUCAUGAGGACGACGCUGUACCAUUCCUCACACACGAGGCAUUUCUAGUUUAAAUACAAAGUAAAGUGUGAAGGAAGGAAAAAACAUUUUUUUUUUUUUUUUUUUUAAAGCAUGUGUCGUGAUUUUUUUGCCACAAUUUUGGACGGAAAUGGAGAUUUAAAAAAAGAAAGAAAAAGAACUAUAUGGUGCUGACAAAGGUUUUUACUUUUGUUUUACAUAGUUUGUAAAAUAAGAACAUUUUACGUUUGUUUUUUUAAUCGUAGUCGCUGUAGAUUUUAAUUUUGUCUCAUCUCUCUUUUUGCCAACAGACGCCAAAACUUGUCUUUUUAAAUGUUGUUAGUAAACGCAGUGACUGUUGUGCAGAGUUUUUGAAAGGUGUAAAUGAGGAGGGAGGGAGGGGGAGGAGGAGGAAGAAAAAAAAGGGUCUAAAAAUGCACUUCCUCUUCAUUCUGUUACAUAUUUCUGGACCGUGAACCAUUCAUCUUAAAUUGGUUGUACCUUUUUUCAAUAAAUUUAUUACUAAUCCA